AUGUCUUCUAACAGAGAUCCACCUGAUGGAGGAGGAACAGUCACUGAGACGCUUACAACAUAUGGCACAAAUCUAAUCUCAAACCGAAGUAGGCCAGAGGAAGAAAAUCAAGUAGAAGAAGCCGAACUGAAAUACGGAGCAUCUCAUGUUAUUCACUUAUUUGUUCCAGUUUCAUUGUGUAUGGCGCUUGUAGUUUUUACGAUGAAUACUAUCACAUUCUACAGUCAGAAUAAUGGAAGGCAUUUGCUUUACACUCCAUUUGUCAAAGAGACCGACAGUAUUGUGGAAAAAGGACUGAUGUCGCUCGGAAAUGCUCUUGUGAUGCUUUGUGUUGUUGUUUUCAUGACAGUUCUUCUCAUCGUGUUCUACAAGUACAAAUUUUACAAAUUAAUCCACGGCUGGUUGAUAAUCAGCAGUUUUCUGCUGCUAUUCUUGUUCACAACAAUUUAUGUUCAAGAAGUCCUCAAAAGCUUCGAUGUGUCUCCGUCUGCAGUAACAAUUUUGUUUGCACUUGGAAACUAUGGAGUAUUGGGUAUGAUGUGUAUCCACUGGAAAGGCCCACUACGCUUGCAACAGUUUUACCUUAUCACAAUGUCAGCAUUGAUGGCUCUUGUAUUCAUCAAAUACUUACCAGAAUGGACAGUUUGGUUUGUGCUGUUUGUCAUAUCGGUCUGGGAUCUUGUCGCUGUGCUCACUCCAAAAGGACCACUGAGAUACUUGGUUGAAACGGCACAAGAAAGGAAUGAACCAAUUUUUCCAGCUCUCAUAUAUUCAUCUGGAGUCUUAUAUCCGUAUGUGCUGGUCACCGCGCUCGAGAAUCCAGAAGAGUCAAGAACCACUAGCGAACAACCAGCUACCACUGAAGCCGCUCCAUCUACAUCUGCUGGCAACACUGGGUUUGCACCAGGACUGCAAAGUGAUUCCAAACGAACAGCGGUGAAACGUAUUCCUCAGAAAGUCCAAGUUGAGGAGGCUCCUCCAGCUGCUAGAAAUCAGCCGCAAAAUGUCAGGAUUGAACGACGUACCCCUGCAGUACAAUUAGAACAUCUCAACUACCCUCGCCAUGAUGAUUACCAGGAAGAAAGAGGUGUCAAACUAGGACUCGGUGACUUCAUCUUCUAUUCUGUUCUUCUUGGCAAAGCGUCAUCUUACUUUGACUGGAACACUACAAUCGCUUGCUACGUUGCAAUUCUCAUAGGGUUGUGCUUCACUCUCGUUCUUCUUGCAGUCUUCAAGCGUGCUCUACCGGCUCUUCCAAUUUCCAUAUUCUCCGGUUUGAUUUUCUAUUUCUGUACUCGUUGGAUUAUCACCCCAUUUGUCACUUUUGUCUCCCAGAACAGUUUCCUAUACUAG